UCAGAGCGGCCUUCCCGGAUCAAUUCAAAUGACUAAGUGGAAUGUAUUCGCCACAUUCCUGGACAAAGAUGGUAUAGAAACACUAUCCACAGUGGGCGAGGGAUAUAGCACAAGUCCCAUGUGCGGUUGGUUUUGGUGUAGGUCAGUGUCAGUGCAGCCUUUUUAAGAAUUAGUUCAUUUAGCAAGCUUUAAAUACUGCUCCCUUCUCACUUUACUUAAAGCCCGCUAAAAAUUCCCCAUAUGACUCAAGAGCUGUCAGUCAAAGGCAAUACACGUACGUGUAAGUUACCGGGUUGACCUUUUAAUUAAGAUAAGUUAGACAUGCAAACAUACAUUAGUUUGGGUUAUUUUAAUUUCAGUUAUAAGGAUCAUUCAAUUAUUUAAUUCAAAAUGAGAAUGGGUGUGACCGCCAGCAAAAGUGCCCUCUUGGAUACCCCUAUGGUAGAGAAAACAUGAUAAAUGUCCUUUGGGGUGCCCUUCCAGUUGAGAAAACAUGAUAAAGUGCCCAUAGGUGUCCUUCCAGUGGAGAAAACGUAAUAAAGUGCCCCCUAGGGUGCCUUUCCACUGGAGAAAACAUGAUAAAGUGCCCUGUGGGGUGCCCUUACAGUGAAGAAAGCGCGAUGAAAAUAAAAUUGAGAAAACAUGAUGCAGUGUCAUAUAGGCUGCCCUACAUGCUAGAAAACUUUCUGCGCACUGGUGCCCCACCACGUGCAGUGGUGCCCUUUUUAUUUUUUACGCCCUUGCCCCUCAGACAGGCAGAGUCUGCCACUGACGCCUGGUGAAGCUUCUCUACGUCGUAAUGUACAGUCGCCUGUAUAUAAAUGACAAAAACUGUGUUUGACCACUUUCCUUAAGACUAAUUUAGAAAACUGGGACAGGAGGACAAAGCCGCUUCGCGUCAAGGCAUUCAUUUUGAAAGAAAGGUCUAAUUUUAUUCAGUGAAUCAACAUGGCACCACCACAUAUCGCACGUGUUUCUUGUGCAGCGUUCGGACAAUGCUGAGCUCCUCCUUAAUCUAAACAAUGACUAGAGGGCACCUGUGCACGAGGAGAGACUCAUCAGGGCCUUAUCAUAUAGUACAUAGGAUGUUAGAUGAAUCAGAUCCCUAUAUAGUACACCAGCUUACAGUAAUCUCAUUAACAUAACCGGAUAACAAUCAAUUGCAAUGAAAAGGUCUAUAGAAUAUGAUGUGCAAUAAUGUGAUUACCAUCUUGAAGUGUCCCCACUCCUCCUGUCCCAACCCUUCAGUAUCUCUCCUGCUGGCUCAGUAGUUACGUAAUGGCAUUAGGACAAUCCUCCUGAGCUGCACAGGUUAUUUUAGGACGGUACAGUGCAGACAAUCUAAUGAGAGUGACAAUAAUGAUACAGAGUGAGAUGGUUGCUGCUGAGGCCUAGCAGUUCAUGUUGUGCAUUUGGAGCUCAGAGCUGCAGUCUCAUAACAGCAGCAUGUCCAAACUAGAGUGUUGUGUUUGUGUAUAAGAGACAAUCAGACAGGGGGGAUGAAGGAGGGGAGGCAGCGAGCCAAGGUGCCGCAUGAGAAAACAUCUUGGCUCGGGCUAUGGCUUGCCCCCCCUCUACAAACCCUGGCUGGAGGGCAGGAGAGGCGAAGCGGGAGCAGCACAGUGGAAGGAUGGUGUGACACGCAGACAGAGGGACCACUCAGAGACAGACCAUGGCUCCCACGUCUCUCCUUUUCCUGGGCUUCCUCCUCUCCUUCCUCCAUCCUUCAGAUGCCCAGACCAUCAUCGGCUCCUCCUCCUCCUCCUCCUCUCUUCUGGACCUGCCUGUUAACUCUUCACCUCAACCAACCAAGCAGACUGCUAAAUUCUGGCCUUCUUUGCCUUCCAGAGGCCGUAGUGAUGUGCCUGUCAGAGCUACAGUCCGGGACAGACUGAUAACCGCGAAUGCAGCGCAACAGGAGCAAAGAUUGUCCCGUCCUGCCGCACAAUCCACUCCUCCUUUUAUAUCUGCCCUUUCUACGCAGAACCUCAGCAGCGGGCCAAUUUUAUCUCAACCAACUGCCUCCAGGCCCAGGACUGAUACAGCUAGUUUAGCAUUCAGCAGGGCUUUUGCAAAGGGAGAUGCUACUACAAAGGGCUCAACUCCACCUCUGCCCACUUUGCUCUCCGCUGCUGUCGCUGAGUCUGCAGGUGAUAAGCCAGUGACGGCAGGAGAUCCAGAGGAAGGAUCACUCAAAGACAAAGAGGAUGAUGAUUUACAGGGGUUGGGAUCAGGUAGUAAUCCAACAGUGAUGCCUGUGAAGGAGGUUCCUCCGCAGUCAACAGUUGGUGAUGAAAUGGCACAGUAUCAGCCACAGGCACAGACGGCGAUAUCUAAAGUUUCUGAUGUAAAAACACCACCAGCACCGGACAGUCAGACUGUGAAGCCUCGCCUGUUUGGGCUUACAACAGCCAGUAAAAUCUCUACGACGCCACAGACCGAGACAAGAGCCACACCGGCCCCCGUGGUAACACCGGCGACACCUCAGACCGUGGUAUUAACAGGUAAACUGACAGAGAACACUCCUUCCACCAUCACAGAUGCUCCAAAACGGGACUCUACUGCUGUGACAUUACCGCAGCCCACGACUCCCACUGCUGGCUCUAACUAUAAACAGUCACCGACUGCAGAACAACCAGUAAACACCCCGACACAGCAAGCGACAACCACAUCUACAACUAGUAUUUUUACUACUACACUGGAGGCUGCGAGAACGUCCUCUAAACCAACACGUCAACCCAACAAAACACCAAAACUGGGAAGAAAUGCAGCCAGCACAACUGUACAGUCGUCAAGGACGGGGACCUCUUCCGUCCUUGCCACCGGUGUUGCACCUGUCGCCCGAACAAGGUUAAGCCCCACAUAUCAGUCUGGUGUUGGUCAGAGGAACCGCUCCAUUCUCCUAGGACACCCUCACCAAGCUCCCCACUCUACUUCUAAUCCAGCCCCCUCUCCCAGCAGCAGUUCCUCCACUAAUGGCACGCUUCUCUACUGGGGUGAUCUUAGCCGGACGCUGGCUUUCGCCUGGGAGCUGCAUGUCUAUGGCUCAGCGAGCCUCUUCCUCCUCCUGUUUGCUGGAGCUGCUCUUGGCCUCACCCUGUCCCCUGGAGCAAACUGUCCUCAUCGGGGGGCUCUUGCACUCGCCAAUGCUCUAUUGUUUCUGGCCGGAGGACUAAGGGCGGCUCUCUUUCUAAUAGACCCCUAUGGCACACGGAAAUUCCUCCCUCGCCCUGCAGUUACAGCCCUCUACAACUUGCCUCUGCACCUUCUGGUGUGGACACAGGCUGCCCUGGCACUGCUGGCAUUGAGGGUGGCAGGAGUAAGUGUGUUACCUUCCACUUUAGAGCGUCCUCCUCUGGUGGCUGUGCUGGCUGUGUUGCAGUGUACCCUGCUGCUGGCGGCUGAUCUGCUUUCCCCCGCCUUGUCCCCUGUGGUACCCGUCACCUUACAGGUCCUGUCCCUGUGCUGGGGCCUGGCUCUCUGUCUGGGCUUCCUCUGCUAUGUGUUUCCACGUAUACGCUGCCCGUCUAUUCCCCACCCUGGAGUCCCUGAAGAGGCAAGAAGGAAGGCUUGGACAGGGAGCAGGAGGAUAGGGGUGAUUCUGGCGAGAGUGCUGGCAGUGUGUGCAGUUCUGGGGGCACUGUGCUGUGGGCUGCAUGUUCACGCCACUUUAUGGCUCUAUGGUCUGCUAGGGAACUGGACGCGCUUCAACUGGGGAUGGUGGCUGGUGCACUUCUGGGCCCGGCUCCUGGAGCUGGCCUGGGGGUUCUUCCUCCUACUCCUGGGUUCCUGGGUGUUCUGGAGGCCUCAAAGUUGCGGUGGAAGGGAGGAGGGUGGAGCAGACGGCAGAGCAGCAGGAGACCUGCCGUCCCCUGGCCAAUCUACGAGCUCCCCUCAAAGACAUACCUGCUGGUCCAAGAUAGUCCAGAGCCUGAGGGGGAAGCCCUGUAGAAAGUCUGACAGUAAUGGGGUGGGAGGAGGAGGAGGAGGAGGAGGAGGAGGAGGAGGAACAGGGGAGGUGCCUAACAACUGGGCUGGCCAGGAGCGUCCUGGAGCUGACAUCAGCAAGAGUCUGAUCAGGAACCAGAACCACGAGCAGGCCAAUGCCCAGCCACGAUGCGUCAAAGACAGCAACCGGGGUCGCAACCAUCGGGGCCAUUCGGCAGAACGAGGCAUAUCUGACGGCUCCACAGGCUCCCUGCUGAGACUGCAGGCGCUGGGCCGCCCCCCACAGCGCUCAGUGAGUGGCAGUCUGGAUCAGGACAGGGACACUUCGCUGUCUCUUUAUGAGUUCGAUCUGCGGCCCCCGUCUCCCAUCGACCUGACCCGUAGCAUCGACAGAGCCCUGCACAGGGAGCACCUGAUCGUAGGAGGAAGCUUGUUUCAUCCUGUGAACCAAACGUCACAGUCCCCCUCCCCGGGGUCAGGGGUCAGCCAGGGGCCCUGGCUCCGCAGGAACAGUGAUCCUCAGAUGCUCUCUGAGAGCAGCGACGCCCCGACAGAGUCUUCCAUGCCACUGGGGGGCAGCAUUCUCAGCAGUGUGCCCAGCAGGCAGGUGACUGCUCCCCCCACGCCCUCCCACCAGGGUCACAGGUGGGCUGGGAACGCCUCAGGAAGCGUCCCCUCGUCAGUGUCCUGCCCCGUGUCACUUCGUCCCUCCAGAACAUCAACGGGGCAUCUGGGGGAGGAUGGAGUGGACGACACACGGCCGUUCAUCACCCCGGACUCAGAGAGGGUGCGGGGGAGGGCUGGGAGGCCGGCAGGGUCGCGGAGUUACCUGGAGGUCAGCCGACACGACGACUCUGCCAGUGUCAGCAGUGAAAUUAUUGAUCUAUGAACCAAACCUCGGACAUGAGGACCAAUGACUGCACAUCAAACACACCUAUUCAACAAAUACUGUUCCUGACCAAGACUUCAACAAAAUUUGGAAAAACUUAAUCCAUAAACUGCCUAAAAAUUAACUAUUUUUAGAACAGGGAAACUACUUAAAAGUGUCUCUUGGUGAUGACCUUAAAGGAUAUCACCUAGUUGCAUUUUAUCUUGUUAAAGGGUUUAACAACUGUGUGUUGUGGAACCAAUAUGGUACCUUUUACUCUGGGAGUAAAACUGGGAGAUAUAGCACAGAUAAACAACACAGCAGCACACACAUAAAUCUUUCUUUCUCUCUCCCACACACAAACACACACACACGCACACGCAUACACACACACACACACACACACACACACACACACACACACACACACACACACACACACACACACUCUCUCUCUCUCUUUCUCUGAUUUUCUCUCAAACACACAGACCUGCAUAACACUGGCAUCACUUCAAGUACACUGGGACCAUACGUACAUUUCAAAUCCUAAUAAUGGCUCUUUAGCUGGUCCCUGCUUGUGAUGGGUGUGAAAUGUGUGAUGACUUUAAUCUUCCCAUGUCUGGGAACAGCACCACCGAGAGUUUCAAUAAGUUUGAAGGUUAAAGACAAAUGGUUCUCCAAGCGUCUGCAGGUCCCAUUUCUAUUGUUUCUGUGAAAAAAUGUCUGCAUAUCAACAAUCAUGAAUUUCAUUGCUUUCAUAGAGUUUAUUUGCUGUCUUCCAUAUGUCAUAUUGCUUUGUGAUGUAAAGAUGUGCCAUACAUAACCUUGGUUGGUUCCGUGCUAUUUUUAUUGUCCUAUAAACCUAUUAUUUGGGUUUACUCUCUAUAGCGUCUUACCAGUAUCAUAGUGACUCAGCUGCGGAUUACUACUUCUAAGCUCUUAACGUGCUGCUGCCAUUGUUGUUGUUGUUGUCAUCCCGGCUGCCUUGUACGUUAAUGUGAAGCUGGUUGCAUAAAGAGGCACACAGUAAACAACGGCCAGAGACAUGCAGACGCAUGCUUGUAUGUGAAACUUUCGCUGAGGCUUUUAGCUGAACUUCACAAUGAGAUUCAAGCAUUCACCUGUGAGGUUAAUGCAUUUCAUCUUAUUUUGCUGUAGGACAACGCAUUUGCAAUCAAUAAUUAUGUACGAUUAAAGCCUCUGACUGCAUUUUGACAAAGAAUGCAAAACAUAAUCAGUUGCAUUGAAUCAAUUCAGACUGUUUGAUAUGUUACCUAAUUAAAUGCUGCACAGCUUUGCAGGGCUGCACCACCUGAGACUGGCUUGGCAUGAACCUCAGAUCUCUUAUAAUAGACCUAACUCAAUAACAGAGCACUUAACUGUAAGCCUGAGCACUAGACUGAAGUAUUUUACUACUCAAGAGGAAAAUAUCUUUCAAAUAUAUGAUGUAUAAGCAACAAUGUAAAUAACGUUAUUUUUGAUGUUCAUGAAUAAAGGUGUAUUUGAAACAUAGCUGUAGUUGUUACUGUGAAAGACAAUCUAAAGUGGUAUUGCUUGUGUGUCUGAGCUGUGCAGACAGUUUAUUUGAACAUCAGAUGUGAGCGGUUUGCAGAGCUGUGACAGUUAAUACAUCACUUCAGAGGUUUUGUUGAGGACAUUCUGUGCUUUGCUCAGGAUUGUAAUGAUGUAGGUUUUACAAAAUGAAUAACAAAUGGUCACGGUCUGCAGGAUUUUGAAUUAUUCUUUCUUUUUUCUGUCAUUGGAUGACGACAAAGGUAUCGGAAAGAAACAGAAGACACUUCACAUUGAACCAUGUUUAGUCUAAUAAUUAACUCAAAUCUGUUUGGUGAUCCUGAAAAUAGCUUAGUGGUUUCCUCCUCAGUCUUACAUUUGAAAGGUUUUGUUCCAAUAUGAGAUAUCCAGUAUUCUCACAAAAUGAUUACUGGAGUGUUAUCUUGGGUUACUGUUGUGAAUACAUUUUAAGAAGUUAAAUUUUUCCAAAGUGGAUAAACGUCAUUUUGGUAUAAAACUGAAUUCAUGCAUCUGUUCCUGAUGAAAGCCAGUCCAUGAAUUGUUUUCCGGUUACCUCAGGGUGACUUGCAGUACCUCCCAGUGAUGUGAGAUGCUUGACUUGUUUAGUAUUUACAGUACAAUGGCCUUGUGUCUACAUUCCAAUGAACCUGUAAGAUUUCUCUGUAUCAGUACUCGCUGUUACCUCUUUUACUUCAUGACCAGGGUGCUACCUCCAGCACCCGUAGUGUUGUCCCCUCCACAAAGCAGUACGUGCCAUAGAAAAAACAAUCAAUGUGCCCCCUCCAGUCUGUAGUCGCAGUGCAGAAGUACAGUGUUAGAUUCAGUUGUUUAUUUUGCUCAUUGAACUUUUGUUCUUGUAUUUCUUGCUGCAUUUCAUGUCUGGAUUCAAAUAAACACGAGAAAACAUA